GUCCCUCCCAGUCUCCAGAGCUGCCGUCUCCUUGGCGACACGGUCUCCGGGGCUGGACACCACGCGCAGCCAGGCACAGCCAGAGCCACUGCGCACACAGGCCGGCUGAGCUGGGCAGCUGCCUGCAGCAGGCAUGGACGCGGCGGAGGCCACGAUGGAGAAGCUGCGGGCGCAGUGCCUGGCCCGGGGGGCUGUGGGCAUCCACGGCCUGGCCAGGUUCUUCCGCUGCCUGGACCAGGACGGAAGCCGCGCCCUGGACGCGGGGGCGCUCCGGCGGGGCCUGGCCGAGCUGGGGCUGAGGCUGGACGCAGCCGAGGCGGAGGCCGUGUGCCAGCGCUGGGACCGCGAUGGCAGCGGAGCGCUUGACCUGGACGAGUUCCUGCGGGCACUCCGGCCACCCAUGUCGCAGGCCCGCGAGGCUGCGGUCAGGGCCGCCUUCGCCAAGCUGGACCGCAGCGGGGACGGGGUGGUGACCGUGGACGACCUCCGGGGCGUGUACAGCGGGCGCGCCCACCCCAAGGUGCUCAGCGGGGAGUGGACAGAGGAUGACGCACUCCGCUGCUUCCUGGACAACUUUGACAGCUCCGAGAAGGAUGGGCAGGUCACGUUGGCAGAGUUCCAAGACUACUACAGCGGCGUCAGUGCCUCCAUGGACACGGACGAGCAGUUUGUGGCCAUGAUGACCAGCGCCUGGCGGCUGUGAGCGCCCCCCGCCUGCUGCUCGGCACCCCCACACCCGGCACCUCUCACCCGGGCCAAACGGAGGCUGCGGAACUAGCCAGACCCGCCCCUGCUGGGACACGAGGAGGAAGCAGGGAGCCAGAUAUCGGUGCCCUCACCCCUGCCCCAUCUUGCUCAGCAUCCCCUGGUCUCACCGCCCUCCCCCCCCCGCCCCACCACGCAACCAAGGGCCCCUGGAAGACAGGCGCUGCCCGGUGGCGGCUGACUUGAAGAUCUGGUCACUUGCCCGGGCCAGGCGGUGUGUGUUGUGUGUGUGUGUGUGUGUCGGGGGGGAAGGCGCAGGCAGACCGUGGCCAGCGGGGCUUUAGUUAAAAGUUUUAAUGUAGAUCCCAAAUACAUUUCAUAUGACAAUCUUACAUAA